AUGUCAAGACCGUCAUCUGCAACUGUCGAGGCUGUCUGUGCGGCUUAUCCGCCAGAGUGGCAGAAGACGAUGGAUAAACUCACGCAGGUGAAGCAGUGCCACGAAGCGGAACUAGCACAGAGUCGACAAGAAGGGUUCAUGGAAGCAGAGCAGGCUGCAGAUGAGCGGUUUGCCGAGUACAGUGGGCCGCGGAUGAACAACUGCACAAAAUACAGGCCAAAAAUGAACAACUUCGUGCAAGACUUGCAGCCUUGGAGGGCCGAACAACUGUUAUUUGAUUCAGAAGGCCUUGCGCAACUUUGCCUGCGUUCUUCAUUUCAUGUUCCUUGA